AUUCGAUGCAGCUGAAUUUCUACGACGGAUUCAAAAUGGACGAAUAGUUUUCGCCGGCGAUUCCAUCGGAAGAAACCAAUGGGAGUCUUUAAUAUGCAUGCUUAUGCAAGGAGUCUCAAACCAAUCUACAGUAUACGAAGAACAUGGGAAUCCAAUAACGAAACAUAAUGGGUAUCUAUCAAUUCAGUUCCAUGAAUACAACCUUACCGUCGAAUAUUACAGAGUACCUUACCUGGUGAUGACUGACCGGCUGCCACCGCAUGCGCCACCACAGGUUCGGGGAGUUGUUAGGGUUGAUACCCUGCACUGGUACUCCGAAAAAUGGAUUGGAGCAGAUGUUCUUAUAUUCAGCGCUGGACAUUGGUGGAACAAAGACAAAACUACAAAGAU